AAACAACAUGACUUUUUUGUAUCAUCUGUUGUACUGCACAACCUGAAAUUGUCCAAACACAGCAGUGAACAUGAACAUGAAUUUGAAUUGAAUUCGAUAAGACACAUUUAACAGCUACGAAGACACAAUGCAGAAGAUAAAAUCACUCAUGACCCGACAGGGUCCCAAAAGUCCCCAGGAAAGCUUGAGUGACCUCAGUCCUGUGGAGAAUGUCAGGAUUCCUAGUAAGGAAGAACUACGGGAAAUGAGAGAGCAACCUAUCGAUCCACAAGCAGAACAAGAGAUAAUUAAUAGUAUUGAGGAAGUUUACUUCUCCAAUGAUUCUUUUGACAUUGUGGAGCAUGAGCUAGAGAAACUUCCUCCUGUUCUUAAUCUUCAAGAUAUAGAAGAAUACAGAGAUAAACUGAAGAAGCAACAAGCGGCUGUGUCAAAGAAAGUAGCAGAUCUAAUCCUGGAAAAACAGCCUUCAUAUGUUAAGGAAUUGGAUCGUGUUACUUCACUGCAAGCAAACCUUCAGUUGGGAGCAGUCAUCUGCACAAAUGCAAGAAGGCAACUUGGUUUUGCAAAAGAAGGUUUUACACAAGCAAGCCUUGGCCUUCUUGCCAAUCAAAGGAAGAGACAUUUGCUGACUGGACUGCUGAAAUCUCUGAGAACAAUAAAAACACUGCAAAGGACUGAUGUAAGAUUAAGCGAAAUGUUAGAGGAGGAAGAUUAUCCUGGAGCUAUCCAGCUGUGCUUGGAAUGCCAAAAGGCAGCCAGCACAUUCAAACACUACAGCUGUAUAAGUGAAUUGAAUUCGAAACUGCAAGACACUCUUGAACAAAUAGAGGAACAAUUGGAUGUAGCCUUGUCAAAAACCUGCAAGAGCUUUGAUAUCAAUCAUUACACCAAAGUUCAGCAGGCAUACACGCUUCUGGGAAAAACUCAAACUGCAAUGGACCAACUACAUAUGCACUUCACCCAAGCAAUUCACAACACGGUGUUCCAGGUGGUUCUCGGGUAUGUGGAGCUGUGCGCUGGGAAUGCUGACACGAAGUUUCAGAAGAUGCAGUACAAGGACCUCUGUACACAUAUUACUCCAGACAGCUACAUUCCCUGCCUUUCUGAUCUCUGCAAAGCCCUCUGGGAAGUCGUGCUCAGCUACCAUCGAACUAUGGAGUGGCAUGAGGAGUAUGACAAUGAAGAGACAGUGCCAGCCUCAGAUGGCAACAGCAUGGGUGGCACAGAGGAGUCCAACUUUGAUCGCAGCUAUGUGAGAAAGAAACUGGAGCACGGUCUAACCCGCAUCUGGCAGGAUGUUCAAUUAAAAGCCAAAGCCUAUUUGCUUGGAACAGAUAUGUCCAACUUUAAAUAUGAUGACUUCAUAUUUGUACUGGAUGUUAUCAACAGGCUGAUGCUAGUCGGGGAGGAGUUUUGUGGCAGCAAGUCAGAGGUUUUGCAAGAGUCUAUUAAAAAGCAAAGUGUGAAUUAUUUCAAAAACUAUCACAGAACACGCCUCGAGGAGCUCAGAAUGUUCUUAGAAAAUGAAACCUGGGAACUCUGCCCUGUCAAGUCGAACUUCAGCAUUGUGCAGCUACAUGAAUUCAAAUUCAUGGGCCAGUCACGCUCUCCUUCAGUGUCCCCUAGCAAGCACUCCGCCACAACAUCCACAGCAGCAGUGUCUCUAUUUGAACAGUACCAUAAUGGAGGAAAUCCAUUCGAGAUGCAGACAGAGAGCAAAGAUGAGGAAACAGAAGAUGUGCUGGCUUCUAAUGGGUAUGAGUCUGAUGAAUUGGAGAAGUGUGCUUACCAGGAUUAUGAUAGUGACAGUGAUGUCCCAGAAGAACUCAAGAGAGACUAUGUGGAUGAGCAAACUGGAGACGCUCCUGUGAAAAGUGUGUCUCGAGAUACCCUCAGGAGCAGGAAGAAGUCAGACUACAGCCUUAAUAAGGUGAAUGCACCCAUCUUGACGAACACUACCUUGAAUAUAAUCAGGCUUGUUGGGAAGUACUUGCAGAUGAUGAAUAUCCUGAAACCAAUAGCCUUUGAUGUGAUCCACUGCAUGUCCCAAUUAUUUGAUUACUACUUGUAUGCAGUCUACACAUUCUUUGGCCGAAAUGAUAUGCAUGUGCCUAAUCCGCCAGUUUCUGUGCCUGGCAAAGAACAGAGCACUCCUAGGCAGACAACAGUCUGCUCGUAUGAAUCAUCCGGGCUUGGUCUAAUCAGCAGUAGACUCCGAACAACUCUGAACAGAAUACAAGAGAGUCUUAUUUACCUGGAGGCAGUACCAGAAACUACUGGCAGCCAUGUUACUGCUGAAGAGAGAAAGGAAAAGGUGCCAAGCCCACAUCUCAGCCAAUUGGUGGUUUUAACAGCCAGUGGAACACUGUAUGGACUUGCGGAAAGAGUGGUUGCUACAGAAUCCUUGGUGUUUCUGGCUGAGCAGUUUGAGUGUCUUCAAACUCAUCUUGACACUAUGAUUCCUGCAGCGAAGAAGCCCUUUCUUCAGCAGUUCUAUUCCCAGACUGUAUCAACUGCCAGUGAACUGCGAAAACCCAUUUACUGGAUUGUGGCUGCCAAAGCCAUAGAUUAUGAACAGAUGCUGCUGCUUAUGGCUGGAGUUAAAUGGGACAUAAAAGAAAUUAUGUCGCAACACAAUAUAUACGUGGAUGUCCUUUUAAAGGAGUUUGAGCAGUUUAGCAAGAGACUUGGAGAUGUUUCCAGGCAGGUGCGCAUCCCUUUGCCUGUGUCUAAUGUACUUUGGGAACACUGCAUUCGACUGGCUAACAGAACUCUUGUGGAAGGCUAUGCAAAUGUCAAGAAAUGCAGCAAUGAAGGACGUGCCCUGAUGCAACUGGACUUUCAGCAGUUUUUAAUGAAGCUGGAGAAGCUGACCGACAUCAGGCCCAUUCCAGAUAAAGAGUUUGUGGAGACCUACAUUAAAGCCUACUAUCUGACAGAGAACGAUAUGGAACAGUUCAUCAAGAACCACAGGGAAUAUUCCACAAAGCAGCUGACCAAUCUGGUGACUGUUUGCCUCGGAUCCCACAUAAACAAGAAGGCGAGACAGAAACUGUUAGCAGCUAUUGAUGACAUCGACAGACCAAAAAGAUAGUUUUUUAAAUAUCCUUUAAUGUGGUAACAUCUCUGCCAUGGAUGGCGUGGUUACAGCAAAACAGAUGUAUAAUGGUCAAUUAAGAAAUUACAACAAAAUACAUUGUGCAUGUUAAACUUUUUGGAGUACUGUUGUACUGUAUUAAAAGCUGAUUAGGGUGAAUUGCUUUCCUGAUGCAUUUUACAUGUCCUAUUUUUGUCCAAGUUAUUCUCUAUGUGUGUGUCCUAGAAACCAAACAGUGUCUGGUGCAUAAAGAUUUAUUAAAUUGAAAUGCAUUUUCUACUUUUAUUGCUAAGAAAAUGGUCAGCAUGUUAUGUGAGAUUUGUCUUAACUACAUUUAUUCUCAGGCCAAGUAUAGAGGAGUUGUAUUUUCUCUCGAGCCAACCACUUUACAUUUUUUGACCAUACGCCACUAAUUAUUUGGUCCUUGUUAAUUAGUACAUGGGGUGCAUAUCAUUAUUUGGACUUGUUGACGAUUAUAACUUGAGGAAUACUGUAACAAAUUGUUAGUGAUUGAAUUGAGCUAAUGAAAUGCUGUAUGUUAAAUGUAAUAUUGUAAAAAAUGGUUCAAUGACCAAAAUUAUGAUUACACAAUAAAUACUCACUCAAGUAUGAAAUCAAGUGUUUGGAGCCUAUCUGUUUUCAUUUGUGUUGGGUCUGUUAUA